CUGCUGACGACGCUGGCGGGGGCGCCGGCGCGCAUGCGCGCUGAGGCGGGCUACCCGCCGGACGCGGCCGACCGCCUGCUGCCAGAGUACGACUUCGUGGUGGUGGGCGGCGGCAGCGCCGGGUCCGCCGUGGCCGCGCGGCUCGCCGAGGUGGCCGAGUGGCGCGUGCUGCUGCUCGAGGCGGGGGCCGACCCGCCGCUCACCGCAGACAUCCCGCCGCUCUUCCACAGCCUGCAGGAGUCGGAGAUAGACUGGGGCUACGAGACGGAGCCGCAGGAGGCGGCCUGCCUGGGGAUGGAGGGCCGGCGCUGCUACUGGCCGCGCGGCAAGGUGCUGGGCGGCUCCAGCGUGCUCAACGCCAUGCUGCACGUGCGCGGCAACCCGCGCGACUACGACGCGUGGGAGGCGGCCGGCAACCCGGGCUGGGCGUACCGCCACGUCAGGCCCUACUUCAUCAAAGCCGAGAGCUUCGAGAUGCCGCAGGUGAAGCCAGCUCCCAUCCUACCGAACAAAGCAACCACCGAGCCCAAGGCGCGGCGGCCCGAAAAUACUACUGGGUGGUUGCAACUAAAGUUCAAUCACUCACGGAGGUCGACUGUGGGCUGUAAUUGUCGUAUGGCAGCGAAACUUGGCAGAUAUGCUAAUGCGACAAUGCGGAACCUAUUUACGCUGGAAAACAAUUAUUUCCAAUUUUGGCCACCAGGUGCAGAGCCGCACCCGUGGGGCGGCUACUCGGCCUCGGAGCACGGCGCGGCGGGCCCGCUGCGGCUGACGCAGAGCGCGUGGCGCAGCCCGCUGUGCGGGGCCGUGCUGCGCGCGGCGCGCCAGCUGGGGCUGCGCGUGGGCGACGCGAGCGGCGGCCGGCAGGCGGGCUUCACGCUGCAGCACGUGGCCGUGGCGGGCGGCGUGCGCCAGAGCUCCGCGCGCGCCUACCUCUGCCCGGCCGCCUCCAGGGGCAACCUGCACGUGGUGCGGCGCGCAGCCGCCUCCGCCGUGCUCGUCGACCCCGCCACGCUCGCCGCCACCGGCGUGCGCUUCCUGCUGGCCGGCCGCAACCACACCGUCCGUGCCGCCAAGGAGGUGGUGCUGAGCGCCGGCACUGUGGGGUCGGCCCAGCUGCUGAUGGUUUCCGGGAUAGGGCCGCGCCGGCACCUGGAGUCGCUGGGGAUCCCCGUGGUGCGGGACCUGCCGGUGGGGGAGAACCUGCAAGACCACAUGCAGCUGGUGGCGCCCACCUACCUCUUCAACAGGUCCCACCCGCAGGAGCGCACUGCCUCCCAGCGGAUGGACGACGUCUACGAAUACUUCGCGCACCGCACUGGGCCGCUUGCCAGCUUGGACCUCCUUCAAGUACAGGGUUUCAUCAAGACAAAGUACGAAGAUCCGCAGGAUGACUACCCCGACGUGCAGUACCAGCACAUCCGGUUCCCACACAAGGACUUCGAGACGGUGGAGCGCGUCUCCAGGGUAACGCGCUUCCGUCCAGAGGUGCACGAGGCGGUGUUCGGGCGGCCGGUGUCUCGGUCCGAGAUCUACGUGCAGCUGGCGGUGCUGCAGCGGCCGCGCAGCCGGGGCACCAUCAGGCUGCGCUCGGCGGACCCGCUGGUGCCGCCCGUCAUCGACCCCCGCUACCUCACACACCCGCACGACGUCGCCGUGCUGGUCGAGGGCGCCAAGUUCAGCGCCCGCAUGGCCAAGACCAAGGCCCUCGCCAAGGACUUCGAGGUGCAGAUGAGCCGCGAGCCAGUGCCGGGCUGCGAGCACCUGGCCUGGGAGACGGACGAGCACUGGGCGUGCGUGGUGCGCACGCUGGCGACCACCAUCUACCACCCGGUGGGCACCUGCAAGAUGGGCCCCCACACCGACCCCGCCGCCGUCGUGGACGCGCGCCUCCGCGUGCACGGCGUGCGCGGGCUGCGCGUCGUCGACGCCUCCGUCAUGCCGACCAUCGUCACUGCCAACAUCAACGCCCCCGUCGUGAUGAUCGGCGAGAAGGCGGCCGACAUGAUCAAGCAGGACUGGGGGGCCAUCGCCGCCUGAGCAACGCCCGUCCCUCUACACCGUUUGUUUCUCGAAGCGCGCAGACAUCUCGUGUAUUGCACUCGUACGAUGACGCAUUCGCCUUACUACCACUGGAUGCCUCUUCCGUUACAAGAAAUCACAAAUCUGUAAAAAGUUGUUACACAACUAGUUGUUAUGGAUUCGAAUAAUGUCUCUGCGAAACUCGUUCCGAUAUUAAAACAAUUUACAAUAUCAUUGUGUCCAAGGCUGUGCAAUAAACAAGAUGCUGAAUUGCUAGAA